CUCAAGUCGACUGCAACCGUAGCCUGCAUUUUCCUUGACCCAAGCUGCUUCCCAGGUCCCUCACUCAGUCGCACCCCGGACACGCCUCGCCAGCAGCUUCAGACCAGUAUCGACUCCUGUUAUUUGUGUCGUGCGACUACGUAAUUCUUACUCGACCCGAUAUAAUCGACACGCGACAGUUGCAUCGAGCAGUAAAUUACGAGGAAAGGGAAACGGACAAGCACAGGCACAGCACAACAUGGCAUACAAUCCAUACGGAGGCAAUCCAUAUGGGCCUCCUCCCUCCUUCAAUGGCUUCCCUGGAGUAGGCGGUGCGCCUGGCAUGGCCCCGCCGCCCGGCCUAGGCCCUCCACCAGGCAUGUCCUCUGCCCCCGGGAUGGCACCUCCUCCAGGUGUCCAGCAAGCCAAUUCUCCCGCACAAGCUAAUCGACCAAGUGGGCUGCCCGCCUCCUUCCAGCCGCCCCCAAACCUGCCAAACAUCAACUUCAACGCCCCCGUGAUCCGCCUCGGCUCCUCGUCAUUACCCCCCAAGCCGGCGCCCUCCGCGGGGCCCGACCGCAGGGAGUCCAAUGCGCCGCCCUCGGCAGGCGGUGGCAGGCCCGGCCUUGGCGCAGACAGGAACAUAGAGCAGUCCCGCGCCGCCGUCAGGGAGAGCAUGCAGGCCCUGCAGGCACCAACACAAGAAGAGCGCCUGCGAACAAUAUUCUUGCACAAGAUCCCCGAGACCCUCGGCGGCGACGAGGGAGUCGAGAAGUUCUUGAACCUCGUCGGCAGGCUGCGCCGCUGGGACUCGGCAAAGUCAAAUCUAUCAGACCACAAGGGUGAGCUUUUCGGUUUCGCCCAGUAUGACGAUCCUGACUCUCUGGCUGCUGCUGUCGAGCUACUCAAGGACAUCGAGUUGCCCGUCAAGAAGCAGGAGCCCACCGACGGCCCCGCCAAGGACGAGUCUGGCGACGACGAGCCGUACAAGGGCAUCGAGAAGGCCAAGCUGCAGGUCACCGUCGACGAGAGCACCCUCAAAUUCCUAGAGACAUACGAGGAGAACAGGCCCGAUGACAGUGGCAAGGAGGCCAGACUCGAAGCACCAAGAGCCGCGUUGAAACAAGCAGUCCACGAACUGUUCUACCCGCCACUGCGUAAGACCCAGGACGGCGAGGGCGAUGUCAACAUGGGCGAUGCCAACGGUUCGGGUGAAAAUGUCGAGGUUAUCAACAUCCCCAUUGCCCAAGAAGACGAAUUGGCUGAUAUCCCGGCCGAGAUGAGAGAGGUUGUCGCCCAGGAGAUAGCCGCAUUCCGCGACAGGAGCAUCCAGCGGGAUCUGGAGCGGCUGAGGCGAGAAGAGGAGAUGGAGGAGAUGGAGCGGGCGCGCAACGGUCCUGUACGACCAUCCCGAGGCUCACCCCCACCCGGUGCCAACUCCAUCCCGCUCGGACCAAGGGGUGUGCCUAAUGCGCCAUCCGGCCCUCGAGGCGCGGGCAGGGGUGUGGCUUUCGUGAAUGGUGCGAACGGUGACGGCUCAUACUCGAGAGACGACGAAGACACAGACGCGAGCGACAAUGAGCUCCACCGCAGGGAGCUAGCCAAGCACAGGUCCGAGGACGACAAGCAGUACCUGGAGGCCGAGCGGAAGUGGGUCAACAGGGAGAGGCAGCGCGCCGCCGCCCUGGAGCGCGAGACGGACCGGGAGAAGGCCGAGGCCGACAGCAUAAACCAGCGCGUCGAGGAGCAGCUCGAGCGCGAGAAGGACUGGGACGACGAGAAGGAGGCCGCCCGCAAGUCACACCCCUACUACCGCGACCACGCGGCAUGGGCGCGGAAACGGGCCCAGGACCGCGCCGAGGAGGAGGGCCGCGACGAGCAGGACCGCCGCGCCGAGCAGUCGGAGCGGCGGCGCGAGGCGGCCGAGAUCGAGCAGGCCAGGGACAUGGCCGACUCGUUCCUCGACAAGCAGGCCGAGGAGAUGGAGCAGCGACAGCAGCAGCAGCAGCAGCAGCAGCAGGCGGCCACCGCCGCGCCGGCCCGGUUCACGAUGUCGCUGGGCGCGGCGGCGCAGAAGGCGCAGCAGCGCGCGGGCCCGCAGCGGCGGACGAUGGCGGAGGUGGAGGGCCUGCUGGACGACGAGGAGAACGAGCAGGCGACGAAGCGGACGCUGGUGCCGAUCAAGUUCGAGCCGCUGGGGCCGGACGACGCCAAGGCCAUGAGCGAGGAGGAGGUGCAGGCGGCGGUCAAGUCGCUGGCGCAGGAGAUCCCCACGACCCGCGAGGGCCUGUGGGCGUGGGACGUGCAGUGGGACCACCUGGACGACUCGGCCGUGUCGGACAAGCUGCGGCCCUUCAUCGAGAAGAAGGUCGUCGAGUACCUGGGCGUGCAGGAGCAGCUGCUCGUCGACGUGGUCGAGGAGCACCUGCGGCGCCGGUCGCGGCCUGCCGAGCUUGUUGAGGAGCUCGAGGGCCCGCUUGAGGACGAUGCUGAGGAUCUUGUUAAGAAGCUCUGGAGGAUGGUUAUCUUUUUUACGGAGAGUGAGAAGAGGGGGCUGCCUGCUUAGUUUGUGUGUGUCUGCCUGCCUGGUCUGGUCUGUGUGGGCUACCGGGGACAGUGGUUGUGGAUCGAUGAAGGGGGCCAUGGGGGGGGUCAUGAUUAGGUGGAUGGUUGGUUGGGCGGGUUGUUGAAUAGUAGGUAGGUAGUCUGCCCCUGUAUGAGUAUCAGUCGGACGCGUGGCGAUUUGCAAUCUUUGGGGGGUCCUGGUCUAGUAUGUGUGUGUGUUCUCCCUGUUGUGGGAUGGAGACGCUACGAGGCGGGGCGAGGCGAGGAGGUGGGUUGGUCCGGGGUGUGUACGUUGUAGAUAGGAGUCGACCUGGCCGGGGACGGCUUUGGUGUGUGAACGUGAAAAUUGGACUUGAUGCAUGUG